CUCUCUCCGCGGCCGGGGCCACCCGUCCCGCCGGGACAAUCUCCACCGACAGCCGCGGCUCGGUGCGAUCCAUCCAUCCAUCAUCCAUCCAUCCCACCGCAUCGCAUCCCGCUGCCGUCCAUCCAUCCAUCCAUCCAUCCAUCCAUCCCACCGCAUCGCAUCCCGCUGCGGGACAUCCCCCCCGGUGCUUUGCGGAGUUCUGUCGGUUCUAUCCCACCCAUCGCACCCCGAGCGGAGCGCAGCAUCCCCGCGGCCGCUGCCGAUGGAGCCCGCGGGUUAUCGCUGCCGCAGCAGCCGCUACAUCGAGAGCGGCCAGUCGGCCGUGCCCAGCUCGGUGCUGUUCGCCGCCGGCCUUUUGGGGAACGUCCUUGCCCUGCUGCUGCUGGGACAGCACCGCCACCGCUCCCGCUCGCCCGGGGGUCGCCGCCCGCGGGUUUCGGCGUUCUACGUGUUGGUCACAGCGCUGGCGGUCACCGACCUGCUGGGCAAGUGCCUGAUCAGCCCCAUGGUGCUGGCAGCCUACGCCUACAACCGCAGCCUCAGCCAGCUGGGGCCGGGGCACCGCGGCGAGGAGCAGCCGGGGAUGCUCUGCCAGCUCUUCGCCUUCCUCAUGGCUUUCUUCGGGCUGGCCCCCACGCUGCUGCUGCUGGCCAUGGCUUUGGAGUGUUGGCUUUCUUUGGGUCACCCCUACUUCUACCGGCGACACCUGACCCGCCGCUUGGGUGCCACGCUGGGGCCGGCGGCUGCCGGGCUGUGCGCGCUGUUCUGCGCCCUGCCCCUGCUGGGUUUUGGGGCUCCCAUGCAGUACUGCCCGGGCACAUGGUGCUUUAUCCGCAUGGCCGGUGGUGGUCCCGGCCAGCUGGGCUUCCCCGUGCUCUACGCCAGCCUGAUGGGGUUGUUGGUGUUGGCUAUCGUGGCUUGCAACGUGAGCAGCAUGCGGCACCUGUAUGGCAUGGCCCGAAGGCAGCCCCGCCGGGGGACCCCCCCCGCCACCGCCCCACGCAUGGAGGAGCUCGAUCACCUCGUCCUGCUGGGGCUGAUGACCGUCCUCUUCACCGUCUGCUCCCUGCCGCUCAUCAUCCGGGCUUAUAUGGGCGCUUUUGCCGCUGACUUCAACGAGAACGCCGACCUGAGCGCGCUGCGCUUCCUCUCCGUCAACUCCAUCGUUGACCCUUGGGUCUUCAUCAUCUUCCGCACCUCCGUCUUCCGCGCCUUCGUGCGCCGCGUCUGCUGCCGGCUGGGCUCCCGCCGGGCCUCCCUGAAGGGCUCCAGCCCCUCUGGUGACAGCCACUUCUGUCCCCCGGGCUGGCAGGCAGGGACAGAUCCGCCCCGCCUCGGCACCCCCUGAGCUGCGCAAGCCGGCGGCUGCCGGCGAGGAUGAGGAGCGAGCCUUCGGCCCCGCAUCCCUGCCCCUGGAGCAUCCCGAGGUGGCACAGGGUGGUGGCAAUCGGGGACAGCGUCCAGCUCGCUGUGAGGGACGCUGAGGAGGGGUUCUGUCCCCUCCCCAGGCUGCGUUUUGCCCCGGAGAGGAUGUGGGAUCGGCGGGGAUUUGGGAAUAUGGUGAGCACUGCCUGGCUGUGGGAAGGCAGGAGGGCUCAGUGCGUGGCUGGGGACACCCAGGGAGGAGGAGAAGUCCGGGUGUGUCCCCAUGGAAUAAAAGUGGAUCAGAGUUUCAUCA